AUUUUUAUGUAUUUUUUUUGCUAAAACAAUUACAUUAAAUAUACAUUUUUAAAUAUGAGUGAUUCUGAUAGAAAAAAGGAUUUAGUAACAAUUCAUGGACUGAUUAAAGAAAAAAAAUUAACGGAAGCAAUCGAGAAAUGCAAUAUAUAUCUAAAGGAACAUCCAAACAGCUACCAAUGUCAUAUGUUAAUAGGUGCCGCUUAUACAAAUAAUAACAAUAAGAUUGAGGCUGCAAAGCAUUUACGAGAUGCGUUAGAACUAUGUAAAGGAUCACCAAUAUCAGUUUUACGGGGUUUAAUUGGUUGUGUGUCCACAGAGGAGCUACCGGAUGUGUAUAAACAACUACUGCCAUUAGAGAGUGAAGAUAAAUAUUACUGUGAAAGUAUUGAAAGAAUAUCCAUUCAUUCACAAAAUCCACAAGUUUUCUUGGAUUUCUUUGAACUUAUGAAGCAGCAAGCAGAGACCAAUAUUAAUGAUAAUCGAAAAAAUGUUGUAAUGAAAAGUCUGUGUGGUAUGUGCGUUAGCGGAGUGAGAAUAUCGGAUGUGGACGACCAAUCGCUUAAAAGUACUUUUGAACUUUUGAUUGAAUAUUACAAAGAUCAGGAGAAACAUAGUGAAAUACAUGUACAUAAGCUUUACCUUAGAACGUAUAAAAAGUAUAUAAAAUUGCUGUAUAAACUUCAAGAUUAUAAAAAUUGCCUAAAACAUGCCAGUCUAAUAGUGCAACAGAAUGCAGAAGAUGAGUAUGCGUACGAAUGGAUUUGUAAGAUAUAUUCAGAGUACUACAAAGAUGAUGUGUUCAAAGAUUGGCAAAAUGAACUUGAAUAUCCAAUUGAACAUUACAGUGAAAAACUAGUCCAACUGAACGAAAAAUCAAGUUUAGGACUCUUGGUAAAAUCAAUUAUAUUUUAUAAUCAGCAACAAUACGUGCCUUGUCGUGAUUUGCUAAACAAAGUAAAAACUUUGGUUCCAGAUAAUAUAGUUGCUAUAGAUCUACUUGCAAUCACAAAUAUGGUUUUAGGAGCAUUUGAAAUAGCAAUGAAUUUGUGGCAUGAAAUCCAUAAUAACAAAAUGUAUGCUAUAUGUGCAUCAUACACUGCGGAUAGAGAACUGAACAAGAGUGCCAUUAAACUUUUGCAAACUUUGGAGCAAUCUAUAGACGUUGUUGAAGCACUAGCCAGGUGUUAUUUUUCACUGAAAGACUUCGAUGCACUGAAAAGGCUAAAAUUAAGUGAUAUAGCGAAAACGGAGUACUUACUCGAGCCAGUUGAAGCAAUUGAAUUGAUUGAGCAUUCUGAAGAUUCAGAUUCAUUUUCUCGUUUCUUUUUGUUGGGUAAACUCUAUUUUAAAAUAUCUAACUAUUCCUCAUCGCUUACAUGGACUUUAAAGGCUACAAGAAUACAAUCCUAUCGAGCGGAAUGCUUUCUAUAUUUGGGUAAAUGUUAUUUUAUGUCAAACGAUAUUGAGCGCGCACGUAAGUGCCUUGAGAAAUGCCUUAAUCUGAAUCCAGUCUGCGAAGAAGCCGUAAACCAUCUAAGCAUAAUUUACCAGCAGCUAGGGGAAGAUGAUAUUAACGUCAGUUUGCUUCAAACAACUUUAAAGCACAUGCAACCCGAGAAAUCAGAACGUGUGCAAUAUAACCUUGGCCUACACUACCUUAAAGUAUACAAAUUUGAUAAUGCCAUACAAGCAUUCCGGACCUCAAUUAAGUAUAAUGUAAACCAUGUUGUUUAUUGGGAGUCUUUAGGUGAUGCAUAUGCUCAACGCGGUUCUUAUAAUUCGGCAAUUCGGGUUUUUCAAAAAAUUUUGGAAUUGGACGCUGAUAAUGUAUACGCAAAACUGCAAAUCGCGCUAGUUAAAACGACAAUCCGUAUGUAUACUGAAGCUAUUACAGACUUCGAUAAUUUACUGCACUCACAUCCGAACUACUUGCCAGCUCUUAAAGGUGCUGCUGAUGCUCACAUUGGUUUAGCUAAUAAUUUGAAAUUAGAACACCGAUAUGGAAGAUGUAAGGAACAUUUGCAAUUGGCUGUUAAUCAUCUACAAAGAGUAUUCUGUUUGAAUGACUACAAAAAUAUGAUGUGGAUUUGGCGUUUGACGGCUAAUGUCUUUGUUAAAGUCGCAAGGAUGCCAACAUCUAUGGCUAAUUUGAAAGUUUCAGGAAAAUUGGCUAAUCGUGAAGAAGAUAUUAUAUGUUUAGAUCGAAGAGACCUAUUUAGUCUGGCUACCAGAUUUUACACUUGUGCUUUAGCCCAAAAAGAGAACACUUACCUCUGGUAUGAGUUUGCUUUAUGUUCCUACUACAGCGCGCAGUAUAUGCCAGAUGAUGCAGAACAACAUUUGAAUUUAGCGAUAAAUGCCUGCAAAAUGGCUAUCCAAAAACAAAGCAAUUUUUGGGAAAAUUGGAAUUUAUUGGGAGUAAUUUAUAUGCAGCCUACGGUAAAAAAUUUGGCACUAUCCCAACAUUGUUUUAUACAAGCACUUAACUUUGAACGAAAAUCCUACACAGCUUGGACGAACCUUGGUGUACUCUAUCUAUCAUUAAUGGAAAUAAAACUGGCUAAUUUGGCUUUUCAACGAGCACAACAAUCAAAUCCGGUUUUCCAAAACGCCUGGAUAGGUCAAGCACUUAUCGCGGAAAUAUUAGGAGAAGACGAAGAAUCCAUGGACAUUUUCCGUCAUUGCCAGCAACUCGGCUAUAAUUCUGAAGCUUGUUUAGGGUACGCCAAUUGGGUAUGUUCCACAUUGACUAAUAAAGAAAAGCUUUCUGAUCCUUAUUACCAACAUGCACUAAAAACUAUGCAUGCCGAUAUUGUAGCUUUGGACGGUAUAAAUUGGUACUCCGUAUAUGAAGAGAAUAAUGCUUCUGCUGCUGGAUUAUCAUUCUAUGGAUUUUUAUUGGAGCGGCAUAAUCUUUAUCGUGCCGCAAGUAAAGCGUAUUUAAAGGCAGCUGAAAGAGCACAAUCAAAAUCGCAAAGUGAUUCAAUGUAUACAAACUUGGGUUUUUUGUAUAUAAAAAUGAAUGAUCCUCAAGAAGCUGUUAAAGCCUUAAAUAUGGUUUCAACAAAAAAACUAAAAACGAUGCUUGGCUUGUGUUUGGCUUAUCAUCGCGCGGGAAAUAGUUCUGAGGCAUAUGAACUAUAUGGCAGAGUUUUAGAAAAAUUUGCAGACAUCAAUAAAGAGAAUGUUGCAGGAAUCUUACUUGCCAUGACAUCAUUAAUAUAUCCGCAAGGUCCGGAAGACACGAGACAAAUUCUUUUUCAAUGCUUGCUAGAUGAACACCGUCCAGUAACAGCAUUAUAUGCUGCAUGCGCUAUGGGUAUUCUUCAUGGAGACUUUGCACUAGGGAAAUCUAUAGCGGAGGAGUUAUCUCAGUAUCGAGAUUCCCCCAAACAUUGUGCUGAUAUUGCCUAUUUAAUGGCAUAUUAUAUGCUUAGUAGAAAUGAACCUCAUAAAGCUCUGCGUUAUCUUUUGCAACGCCUGCAUGUGAAUCCUCAUCUUGCGGACUUACGAAAAGUGAUUGCCAAUUUUAUUUUAGACAACAUUCAUAGAUUAACAUAUCCACCAAAUUGCAUUAGUCAAAUUUCAUUGGGUGCCCUACAAUUAUUGCACUACACUGACAUAUCCAAGAGCAAUGCUGUAGAGGAUGCUGAACUUCUUUUAUUAGCGGGUCUUUCACUUCAAGACGUAGAUAGGCAGUGGUCAAAGAUAUUGACUCAACACGCAAUUCGUCUCAAUCCAGUGAAUCGAUCAGCCUGGCAGUUGUUACAAAAAGUAGCUUGAGUGUUAUAUAUUACAAUUUAUUUUAUUUUAUUUUUUCAUUUAUUUUUCAUCAAUU